CUGUCCAUCUCACCUGGAAUACUGUGGCCAGUUUUGGGGCAAUGUCAUGGGCUGGCUGGACACAGAGGAAUGAAGAUGGAGCCUUAGGCUGCAGGAAAAGGAACUGGGAGAGGCCUUAGAGAGCAAUGGCUAGGCAGGCACGUUCGGUCCCCACAACUGCCUCAUGGGGACAAGUCCUACUGGGAAGAGUUGCUGCGAUCUCUAAGCCUGCACUGUUUUGGUUUCUUUGAAUAAAGAGUUAACUUCACUGACACCAGUGCUUUUUACUGCUGACCUCCUGACCCUGGCUGCUGAUGGGCAGUUUAAGGAUAUUGACAAGCGGGAACGUUUCUCUAGGAAGGAGAUAGAAGAUAGUGAGAUGCCUGGAUACCAAGUUCUAUGGAGAAAGGUUGAGGGAGCUGAGCAUAUUUAUUUUGGAGAAGAGAUGAUAAAGAGGCAAUAGGACAGCUGUCUUCAAAUAUCUGGAGAGCUGCUGGGUAGACAAUGGAGAAAAUUCAUUGCUGCAGAUAGCAGGAUCUGAACCAAUGGGUCCAAACAACAAAAAGAGGGGAUUCUGGUGAAACAUUAUGAAGAAAUUCCCGAUGGUAUGAGCUGUUCGACAAACUGGAACAAACUGUGUCAGUGGGUGGUGAACUCUCCCUUUUUGGAGCUUUCUCAGCAAAGGUUGGAAGGCAAAUUUCCUGGGAUUGGAUUAAAUAACCAUUGUGGCGACUUCCAACUUUACAGUCCUAUUCUCUCUUUAUCUAUCCCCAUCUAGCUAUCUGUUCUUGGCAUUUCUCUCUUAUCUAUCUAGACAUCCAACCAUCCAUCCAUCUCUCUCCCCAUCUCUCUCUCUCUGAAGAGACUGUUUUUGCUUCAAGAGGCUUAAUGUUUGGCAGUUAAUUAACGCAAUUCCAGUGUAGGCGUCUAAGAUGAGAUUCCAGAUGGAGAAAACCACACAGAGAGAUUACAGGGAGCUUAUUAGAUGCCUUUGCUACCUAGGACCAUCCUAGCAACCUCAGGGUUGGGAGUUAUCACCCUGAACCAAUAACCAAAAUGUUUUGAUGCACAGGAGUUAACGUUUAACCCACAGCUUGGGUAGUAUUCUGGAAAGCAGAAACCUGUUGUGUUCAACCCCCAUCCCCACCCCUUGGAGCCGCAAAGCAGGAGGUCACCCAACCUUCCAUCCAGCUUAGGACCGUAAGCUAUGGGAAGAAAAAGAGUGGUCAUUUAAAAGCUUGACCUGUUGUCAUUGGGAGUCACUGGAGCUAGAACCAGGCCUCAAAGAGCUCUGGGAGCAGCUGCCUGAUGUGGUGAGUGACCAUACCUUGCAAUAUUUUCUAAGGCAGCAUAAGAAUCCUCAGUCUCUGGACUGGACCUCCCAGCACCCAGGUUGUCGUUAGCCCCUCCUAGGCAGAAGCAGCGGUACAGGUCUUUGUGUUUAGACUGAGAUUUUGCCAGAGCAACAACUAACUAGCUGUGACUCCUGCCUUCGACUCUUGGCUUUGCCUUGCCUGCUCCCCUCUGAUCGCUUCCUGAUUGAUUUAGCCUAACCCUCACCAUGAUUAAGCACCAGAGCUGCCUCAAUCAGACUACUCAUGUUUGGACCAGUGACCUGGUGCUUUCCUUGGGUGCCCCUCAGCUGACCAUCUCCUUAAUCUCUGUGCUCUUCAACUCUGCCGUCAUCUUUGCCGUGGUGUACUCCAAAGAACUGCACAAGCCCAUCUUCAUCCUUUUCUGCAACAUGGCCUUCUCCGACCUCUUCACUAGCUUUACAGGCUUCUGGAUUGCCCUGUUGUUCAUCACCAACCCUCAAAGUACCAUCAGUGGGUCCAAGGAACUCCUCACAGCAUAUGCCUUCUACACCAUGUCAAUCCUGGCCACCAUCUACAACUUAGUCCUCAUUGGGAUUGAGCGUUACCUGGCUGUGGCGGAAUGCCUGAGGAGAAGAUGGCGCCUUGGCAGGAACCAGAUCCUGGGCAUGGUGCUGGGUGUCUGGGGGCUUAGCUUCUUUUUGGGCUUCCUGCCCCUGAUGGGCUGGAAUUGCUUGGAUAGAGACAAUGCCUCUGCCCUUUACAGCCCUCUGUGUAUCGACUACCUUAUUUUCAUCACUAUCCCUCACUGUGCAGUGGUUUUGGUCCUCCCUUUCUUCACCUACUGCAACAUCAUUGGGUUUUUGAGGAAACACAAGAUGGCAAUGGGUGCCUUGGGGCAAACCCAUGCCACCUACAGGCUGGCCGAGAUCCAAGUAGCCCGGACAAGCAUAUUCAUCUGGCUGCUGUCUCUGCUGUCUUACACACCCUUCUUUGCUGGCGUUGUCCUGGAUAUAACCACUCAGCAGUGCCCCAACAAUUUCUCCAUGGAUGUCUACGUCUUCCGAAACCUUACCGCCAUCAUGAUCACCAUGAAUUCAUUGGGGAACCCCAUCAUCUACACCCUGAAAGUGAAAACUUUGUGGCACAGACUCAGGUUUUUGAAGUCCCCUUCCAGCAACCGCAUAGAAGUGCAGGCCAUUGGGAAAAUGUGACCCUGCUCGGACCAAAGUGAAUCCAGUCUUGUACGUUUUCACCCAAACAUCUUUAAAUGUCCGCAGUGAGCAGUCACUGAGAGUUCAGUCCUAUGCAUGUCUACUCAGAAGUUCAGUGGGAUGCAUUCCCCAAGGACAUGUGUUCAGGAUUGCAGCGUAAAUCUCUUUAUAGGGGCUAUGGGUAGUUGGCAGUUGCAGAGAUCUGAAUUAAUGUUUCAGCUCACCAAAGCGAGCCAGCUUCAGCACUGGACAGUUCUCAAGUACAAGGGAGAGUGGGAUUCAAUUCAUCGGCUCUCUCCUAUCGACAAUAGAAUUGUGCUACCUACACUUUAGUAGCAUUCAUGAACAGGAUCGUGUUGGGUUGAAAUUAUCUGUUGUGAACUAACUUCAGAGUGAGUUAUUAUACAGUAAAAUUUCGAUUAGUGGUUUAAAAGGUUCACACCACCCUCCUUUUGAUUAGAAUUAACAGCAACAUUCCAAACUUCAUGCAGUACAGAAAGUUGGGCAAGUGUGACAGGAGUCUGGGAAACACCAGCUUAAUGUAAUUAUAUAUACAUAUAUAUUUGGACUGACUAAAAUAUUGUUGUUGAUUGAAAAAACAUAUUAAGAUAGGAUGAAAAAUAAAUGCUACAUCAAAUUGUAUGUGACGCGUGGUGACUUUGGAUAAUGUGCUUUCUUGUGGAACAAUCUGGGGCAGCCUUUGGCAACCUGGUAGCCUCUAGAUAUUUUGGACUACAACUCCCAUUGGCCUCAAUCAGCAUGGCUAUAAAGUGCAGGGCUGAUGGAAGUUUUAAGUCCAAAACAUCUGGAAGACACCAGGUUGGCAAAGGCUUCAGCGUGAAUAAAACUGAGCUGAGAAACCUCAACCAAUAUAUGUAGCAGAACUGGGAAAUCUCAUGCAGCAGUUCAUCUACUAAAAAGCAGACCCCAUUGGGUUCAAUGGGAUUUACUCUCAAGCAGAGCAGCCUUAGAAGGAUUUUGUGUGUGUAUAAAACCAAUGUAACAUCAGAGCCAACUGGGAAGGCUUUGCAGUGUUUGCUUUGGCAUGACAUUAAUAAAAUGCAAUCCUUCCUUUUA